GCCGCGCCGGGCAUGGAGCUGGCAAGCCCGCGCUGAGGCAGGGCGCUCCUGCUAGCAGCCAGCGAGAGGCUCUCCGCCGUCCGGCGCGCAGGCUCCCCGGCCGGGGCCGGGCAAACUUUUCUUUCUCUUUUGCCCUCUCCUGAGGCGCCUUCUGCGGCGGGCGGACCGACUCCUCGGCGCGGCGGGGCCGGGGCAGGCUGGACGCAGCAUGAUGCGCGCAGUGUGGGAGGCGCUGGCGGCGCUGGCGGCGGUGGCGUGCCUGGUGGGCGCGGUGCGCGGCGGGCCCGGGCUCAGCAUGUUCGCCGGCCAGGCGGCGCAGCCCGACCCCUGCUCGGACGAGAACGGCCACCCGCGCCGCUGCAUCCCGGACUUUGUCAACGCGGCCUUCGGCAAGGACGUGCGCGUGUCCAGCACCUGCGGCCGGCCCGCCGGGCGCUACUGCGUGGUGAGCGAGCGCGGCGAGGAGCGGCUGCGCUCCUGCCACCUCUGCAACGCGUCGGACCCCAAGAAGGCGCACCCGCCCGCCUUCCUCACGGAUCUGAACAACCCGCACAACCUGACGUGCUGGCAGUCCGAGAACUACCUGCAGUUCCCGCACAACGUCACGCUCACGCUGUCGCUCGGCAAGAAGUUCGAGGUGACCUACGUGAGCCUGCAAUUCUGCUCGCCACGGCCCGAGUCCAUGGCCAUCUACAAGUCCAUGGACUACGGGCGCACGUGGGUGCCCUUCCAGUUCUACUCCACUCAGUGCCGCAAGAUGUACAACCGGCCGCACCGUGCGCCCAUCACCAAGCAGAACGAGCAGGAGGCCGUGUGCACCGACUCGCACACCGACAUGCGCCCGCUCUCGGGCGGCCUCAUCGCCUUCAGCACGCUGGACGGGCGGCCCUCGGCGCACGACUUCGACAACUCGCCCGUGCUGCAAGACUGGGUAACGGCCACCGACAUCCGCGUGGCCUUCAGCCGCCUGCACACGUUCGGCGACGAGAACGAGGACGACUCAGAGCUGGCGCGCGACUCGUACUUCUACGCCGUGUCCGACCUGCAGGUGGGCGGCCGCUGCAAGUGCAAUGGCCACGCGGCCCGCUGCGUGCGCGACCGCGACGACAGCUUGGUGUGCGACUGCAGGCACAACACGGCCGGCCCGGAGUGCGACCGUUGCAAGCCCUUUCACUACGACCGGCCCUGGCAGCGCGCCACAGCCCGUGAGGCCAACGAGUGCGUGGCCUGUAACUGCAACCUUCACGCCCGGCGCUGCCGCUUCAACAUGGAGCUUUACAAGCUGUCGGGGCGCAAGAGCGGAGGCGUCUGCCUCAACUGUCGCCACAACACGGCCGGCCGCCACUGCCACUACUGCAAGGAGGGCUACUACCGCGACCUGGGCAAGCCCAUCACCCACCGCAAGGCCUGCAAAGCCUGCGAUUGCCACCCUGUGGGCGCCGCUGGCAAAACCUGCAACCAGACCACGGGCCAGUGCCCCUGCAAGGAUGGUGUGACCGGCAUCACCUGCAACCGCUGUGCCAAGGGCUACCAACAGAGCCGCUCCCCCAUCGCCCCCUGCAUAAAGAUCCCCGUGGCACCGCCGACCACUGCAGCCAGCAGCGUGGAGGAGCCCGAAGACUGUGAUUCGUACUGCAAGGCCUCCAAAGGGAAGCUGAAGAUUAACAUGAAAAAAUACUGCAAGAAGGACUACGCCGUCCAGAUCCACAUCCUGAAGGCGGACAAGGCAGGGGACUGGUGGAAGUUUACGGUGAACAUCAUCUCCGUGUACAAGCAGGGCACCAGCCGCAUCCGCCGCGGUGACCAGAAUCUGUGGAUCCGCUCGCGGGACAUCGCCUGCAAGUGCCCCAAAAUCAAGCCCCUCAAGAAGUACCUACUGCUGGGCAACGCGGAGGACUCGCCCGACCAGAGCGGCAUCGUGGCGGACAAGAGCAGCCUGGUGAUCCAGUGGCGGGACACGUGGGCGCGGCGGCUGCGCAAGUUCCAGCAGCGCGAGAAGAAGGGCAAGUGCAAGAAGGCCUAGCGCGGCGGGUGCGGGGGGGCAGCGGCGCGCCGGGCGGGCUGGGCGC